UAUGGAAUUCAGAUGAGUCCCCACCGGAGUCUACGCUUGCUAGUCUAGCUAUAAAUAAGUAGCAACUAUAGUUUGUAAUACGUACCAUGAAUGUCAAAUAAGCUGCCAAUAGUACGUUUCCAAAUUAAGAUGAGGAGAAGACCAACCCAACUGGUUUUCUCUCCCUUCUUCUUUCUCUCAGCUCUAAGAAUAUUUUUGGUUACAGAAAUGGCAUUAAUGAGUGAGAGCAGAACAAACACUCCAGUAAAUGUAAAUGUUGCAAUUGGAGUUGUUCUUGACUUGAAUAAUAGUUGGAAAGGGCAGAUGGGGUUGAGCUGUAUCUCCAUGGCUCUGUCGGACUUGUAUCACUCUCAUACUUACUACAAGACUAGGCUGGUCCUGCACACCAGGGACUCCAAGGAUGACGUUGUUGUUGCAGCUUCAGCAGCUUUGGACCUCCUAAAAAAUGUGCAAGUGCAAGCCAUCAUAGGGCCAGCAACAUCCAUGCAGGCGGACUUUGUUAUUGAUCUUGGAGACAAAGCUCAAGUGCCGAUUAUUUCAUUCUCAGCAACAAAUCCUUCCCUCUCAUCCUCCUGGACUCCAUACUUUGUUCGCGCUACCCAAAGCGACUCAUCCCAAACAAAGGCCAUAAGUGCAAUUGUCAAAGCUCAUGGAUGGAGAGAAGCUGUGCUCGUUUACGUAGACAAUGAUUUUGGAGAGGGGAUCAUACCAUUUCUGACUGAUGCCUUGCAAGAGAUCAACACUCGUGUCCCCUACCGGAGUGUCAUCCCACCCAGGGCCACAGAUGAUCAAAUUGCGGCAGAGCUCUACAAAUUGAUGACUAUGCCCACUAGAGUCUUCAUUGUGCACAUGUUGCACCCUCUAGGCUCUCGGCUUUUCACCAAAGCAAAAGAGGUUGGCAUGAUGAGUGACGGCUAUGUUUGGAUCAUGACCAAUGGAAUAACCAAUCUCUUGAGUUCAUUGGACACUUCGGUGAUUGAUUCAAUGCAAGGGGUGUUGGGUGUGAAACCUUAUGUCCCAAGAACGAAAGAGCUUAAGAAUUUUGAAGUUCGAUUGAGAAGGAAGUUCCAACAAGAGAAUCCAACCGUUCUUGAUGCAAAACUCAGUGUUUUUGGACUAUGGGCGUAUGAUGCUGCUACUGCACUAGCCAUUGCAGCUGAGAAAGUAUUUGGUGCUACCAACAGUACUAGUACUAUUGGCUAUCAAAAGGCAAACACUUCUGCAGGAAAUUAUACAGACCUUGAAACUUUUGGAGUUUCGCAACAUGGUCCCAUGCUUCUCAAAGAACUAUUAGGUACUAAAUUGAGAGGUCUUAGUGGAGAUUUCCAUAUAGUUGAUGGGCAGCUGCAAUCAUCAGCUUUUCAAAUAGUUAAUGUGAUCGGUAAUGGGGAAAAAGGGAUCGGAUUCUGGACACCAGGAAAAGGAAUCACUAGAGAAUGGAAUUCCACCAGUACUUCAAGAAACAAUCUUGGAACUAUUAUAUGGCCAGGUGAUACUACAUCCCUUCCCAAGGGUUGGGUGAUUCCGACAAAUGAAAAGAAAUUGAGAAUAGGAGUUCCAGUAAAACAUGGUUUUAUUGAGUUUGUGAAAGUAGAACCAAAUAAUCAAACUAACACGACAAAGGUCACAGGGUUCUGCAUAGAUAUCUUUGAUGUCGUUAUGGCAUCGUUACCAUAUCCUGUUCCUUAUGAAUACAUGCCUUUCAUGAAGCCUGAUGGUAGCUACAACGAACUGGUGCAACAAGUGUUUCUUGGGAUCUAUGAUGCCGUGGUAGGAGAUAUUACCGUUAUUGCGAACAGGUCGCAGUUUGUGGAUUACACCCUGCCAUAUAUUGAGUCUGGCAUAUCAUUGGUCGUACCAAUCAAAGACAACAAGAGAAAAAAUGCUUGGGUGUUCUUGAAGCCAUUGACUUGGGAGCUCUGGUUGAUAACCUUUUGUUCAUUUGUUUUCAUUGGCUUUGUGAUUUACGUUCUUGAACAUCGAAUUAAUGAAGAUUUCAGGGGGCCUCCUUCUCAUCAAGUUGGCAUGAUCUUCUGGUUCUCCUUCUCCACCAUGGUUUUUGCACAUAAGGAGAAAGUGUUGAGCAACUUGGCUAGAUUUGUGGUGAUCAUCUGGGUAUUCGUGGUGCUCAUUCUGACUCAAAGUUACACCGCGAGUCUAACAUCGAUGUUAACAGUUCAACACCUCCAACCUACAGUUACGAAUAUAAAUGAGCUUGUAAAGAAAGGAGAGAGUGUGGGUUACCAAAAGGGUUCUUUCAUAUUGGAACUCCUAAAAAAGAACUUUGAUGAGUCCAAACUGAUGAUUUACAACACUUCAGAGGAAUUGCAUGAACUUUUCAAGAAAGGUAGUGGAAAUGGAGGUAUUGCAGCUGCUGUUGAUGAAUUCCCCUACAUGAAGCUGUUUCUUAGAAAGUACUGCUCGAAAUAUACCAUGGUGCAACCAACGAACAAGACUGAUGGUUUCGGCUUUGUCUUUCCAAUAGGUUCUCCUCUGAUACCUGAUGUUUCACGAGCAAUCUUAAAAGUUACACAGGAAGAUAAAAUGGUAGAAAUUGAGAGAAAAUGGUUUGGCGAUCAAAGCAGUUGUCCAGACCUGAACACUUUGAUUUCUUCUGAUAGUCUCGGUCUUGAGAGCUUUUGGGGCCUCUUCAUCAUUGCUGGAAUUGCUUCGACUUCAGCUCUCAUUGUACAUAUAUCUUUGUUCCUUUACGAGCAUAGGCAUGUCCUGAGCCGCUUUGAGCCCAAAACUUCAAUAUGGAGAAAGAUCACAGUGAUGGUUAGAUACUUUGAUGAAAAAGACCUCUCCUCCCAUACUUUCAGGAAAAGUGAAUUGCGAGACAGAAAUAGCAGUCACGGUGUGGAUGGUAUGAAUGCUAAUUGCCCACCAACUCCAUCAAGCUUCUCUCUCCAUGCAUCUCCUCAUCCUAAUGGCCCUCCAAGUCCAUCAAGCUUUUCCAUCCACAAAGAUGGCAACCCCUUCAUGUGAGUAUGGUGGUCUGAAUCCAAAUGGCCAAACAACUCGAGAGAUGGUGCCAAAUCAAAACCGGCCAAGGGCUUCAGUGUCUGCAUAUGCAAACCAGUAAUGUUGGAUUUUCUCAUAGCUUUCAUGAUUUGUUGAAAAUUUUAAAGAUUUCAAAACUCAUUAUUUAUUAGAACUUGUAUUUGAAUAGCUUUGUAACUCUUAUUAUUAUUAUUAUUAUCACCUACCAAAAAAUAAAAGAAAAUAACUUUUAGAAUUCAA